AUGAUAAAAAAAUCAAUUUUCAUUUUAUUUUUGGGUAUCACAAUAUCAACAGCAUUUGACAUCUCUUUUUCAUCCUCCAAACUUUUUCCAUUAUGGGCAUUAAUAGUAGGAGGUAUAUUUGCUUUUACUCUUGGUAUGGGAAUGGGAGCUAAUGAUGUAUCAAAUGCUUUUGGGACAUCUGUUGGUAGUAAAGUUUUAACUCUUAAAAAAGCUUAUUUACUAGCAAUAAUAUUUGAAUCACUUGGUUCAAUACUUGUUGGAUAUAAUGUAACAGAUACUGUUAGAAAAGGUGUUGUUGACAUUAAUGUAUAUAUUGGUUAUGAAAAAGAUCUUUUUUUUGGACAAAUUGGUACACUUGGUGGUUGUACUGUAUGGUUAUUCUUGGCUACAAUUUUAAAUUUACCUGUAUCUACAACACAUUCUCUUAUAGGUGCUACAGUUGGAAUGAGCUUGGUUAUUAAAGGUUUUGCUGGUAUAGAAUGGAAUACUAUUGGUAAUAUUGCAUUAUCAUGGAUAUUAUCACCUAUUUUGUCAGGGAUUAUCUCAGGAAUUCUUUAUAUUAUUGUUGAUCAUGUAGUUUUAAGAACAUCUGAUCCAUUUAAAAAUGGUUUAAAAUUAUUACCAAUCUUUUAUUUUUGUUGUAUUUCAUUUAAUUCAUUUGCUGUAAUCUAUCAAGGAUCAAAAAUUUUACAUUUAUCAUCAUUGCCUAUUUAUUUGGCUAUUCCUGUAUCUUUAGGAAUAGGAUUUAUUGCUGCUUUAAUUGUUAAAUAUAUACUAAGACCAAGAAUUUUAAGAUGGAUUAGUAAUCUUGAAGAAACAAAAGUUGAAGUAGAUUUACAAAAAAAUAGUGUUCAAGUAGUUAUUAAAGAUAUUACAAUAAAAUCACAACCUGAAAAUAAUAUUAAAAAAGAAGAUAAUAAAACAAGUUUUUUAAAAUGGUUCUUACCAACACCGGAUAGAAAACUAAAUGAGAAAACAUUAAAAUUAUUUACAACUAUACAAACAUUUACUGCAUGUUUUGCUGGAUUUGCUCAUGGAGCUAAUGAUGUUAGUAAUGCUAUAGGUCCUUUCUCUGCAAUGAUUGGUAUUUAUAAUGAUGGUAAUGUUCUUCAAAAAAAUGAAAUUCCUUUAUAUGUUCUUUUGUUUGGGGUUUUUGCUAUUUGUAUUGGUUUGGUACUUUUAGGUCAUAAAGUUAUUAAGACUGUUGGACAAAAAAUGUCAGAAAUAAAUCCUUGUAGUGGAUUUACGAUAGAAUUUGGUGCUGCUGUAACAUCAUUAUUAGCUUCUAAGGCAGGAUUACCAAUCUCGACAACUCAUUGUUUAGUGGGUUCUGUUGUAGCUGUUGGUAUGGUUAGAUCAAGACAGGGAGUUGAUUGGAAAGUAUUUAGAAAUAUAGCAUUAUCAUGGGUAGUUACACUUCCAGCAGCUGGUUUUGCUUCAGCAAUAAUAGUACUUAUAUUUAGGUAUUUUAUCUUCUAA